ACGAUAGACGUCUAGGUACAAUUUACAAGAAUCAAUUUGCAGUUCCUUUUUGAAGAGAAACCUAACAAAAAAUAAGGCUCCAAAAACAUAACUAAUACGCAUGUCAGUUAAAAUACACUCAUCUCCUUGACAAAGUUGCAUAUACGGCGACUUUUUACCAUGCAUCAUGAGCAAGGUUAUGUCAACUGUCACUUACAAAAAAGUGUAUUUGACAUUUCUGUGAUUCCUGUAAACAAAUAAUGAACCCCUUUAGAAAUGGGCUAAUUUUUCGAUUUUCCUCGUAAAAUUCAUGGGCUCACAAAUUGAUAAUAAUGAGUAACAAAUAUGUAGUUCUUAUAAACGUUGUUUCUGAAGAAGUGAUUUUUGAUCUACCAUCUUCACUGGAAGAUUUACUGAAACAUGCCUCAGACAGAUUUAACAUAAAUGUACAAAAAAUAUUUCUGGAAGAUGGUACUGAAAUCAAAGAUAUUUCUUAUGUCAGAAACAAGGAUAAACUAUAUGUAACAGAUGGGUCAAGUUACAAACCACCUGCUUCCGAAAGGCCUGGUACAUCAUCAGAAGAAUGGAUCACCCUGAAUGUUGGUGGAAAGUGCUUCAGUACCUCAAAAAGAACACUAACAUCCAGUGAGCCUUCUAGUAUGCUGGCUAGAAUGUUCUCAGAAGACAAUGACGGUUAUCUCUUCACACCAAGCAGUAUUGAUAAGAAUGGUGCAUAUCUCAUUGACAGGAGCCCAACAUAUUUUGAACCUAUUCUGAAUUAUUUACGUUGUGGCCAGCUAGUUUAUGAUAAGCAGGUGAAUCCGGCAGGUAUCUUAGAGGAAGCAAAAUUCUUUGGCAUCGAGUCAAUAGUACCCACCUUGGAACAAAUUAUAGUCCAGGAAAAACGGACACGGGAUGAUUUGCCAUUGACAAGAAGAGAUGUUAUAAAUGCAUUGAUCAUAAGCCCAUGUACAGCUGAGUUGAGAUUUCAGGGUGUUAAUUUGAGUGGAGCAGAUUUGAGUAGAUUGGAUCUGAGGCAUAUCAAUUUUAAAUAUGCUAAUUUACAGGGAUGUAAAUUGACAGGUUCUAAUUUGAGUGGAUGUUGCUUGGAAAGGGCUGAUUUGUCUCAUGCUAUUUUGGAUAAUGCACAACUAUUGGGUGUGAAGAGUCUCUGUGCGAACUUGGAAGGUGUAACAAUGAAAAACUGCAAUUUCAAGGAUCCAGCUGGUACUAGGGCGAAUAUGGAAGGGGUGAAUUUGAAGGGAGCUAUUUUGGAAGGGAGUGAUAUGGGAGGUGUAAACCUUAGAGUGGCAACUUUGAAAAAUGCUAAUUUGAAAAAUUGUGAUCUAAGAGCUGCAGUGUUGGCAGGCGCUGAUUUAGAGAACUGUGAUUUAUCUGGGAGUGAUCUUCAUGAAGCAAACUUAAGAGGGGCGAAUCUUAAAGAUGCUGCAUUUGAGUUGAUGCUGACUCCUUUGCACAUGUCACAAACGAUACGUUAAGCAUACUGAGUAUUCAUUACUUGUGAUAUAUUUAUUCCAUAUUUACAGAUAAUGUGAAACUUAUUAUAAUAUUUAGUUUCUAGAGAGAAGUAUCAAUAGUUGUAUGUAUGAUUAUGUGUGUAUGAUUGAUAUGUUUUACAUACUACCUGGUUCUCAAUUUUUAGUGUACACUACACGUAUCUUAAAUAUAAUAUACACCAGCAGAAAAUUAAUGCCUCUUGCUUGUAACUCUAAGAGCAGGUAGUUAGCGUUUCAUGUAAUAUAAAAAUGGUGACAGGAAACGUAGUUCUUAUUAGUAUGAUGUCAUCAAGUGUCGUUAUAAGACUUUGUGAUAAUUUAGGCGUUCCAAAAAUACAUUUACACAGUAUUCCAUAGUUAAAUUUCAUCCGUCAUUGAUUGAUUUACAAACGUACCACAUACAGGGUGACUUUGAAGUUGAGUCAUUAAUUUUCAGAUAAUGAUUGUAGAAGGAAGAUAAACCAAAAUAUGUGUG